AUGUCGGAGCAGGGCGACCCUCAGCAACAUAGAGAGGAUGGGGGUAGUGUCUCCAAUCCUAUACCUACAAACGACCACGAGAGAAUAAGACGUACUAAAAUUAUGAAUUCCUUGGAUAACCUAGACUACAUGAUGUUGAUUGCAACACAGCAAAAGAAAUCCAUAGCACAAGUAAAGUACGAGCUUAAGCUUCGAUUGAUUAACGGCGAUUAA